AUGAAGUAUGGACCAGUAGAAGCAGCCUUCACAGUUUACGAAGAUUUUCUAAAUUACAAAUCUGGGAUCUAUGAACAUAUUACUGGGGAACCAGUUGGUGGACAUGCCAUACGUAUAAUUGGAUGGGGUGUGGAAAAAAACACUCCUUAUUGGUUGAUAGCGAAUUCGUGGAAUGAAGAUUGGGGUGAAAAUGGAUAUUUCAGAAUACUACGUGGUCAUGAUGAAUGUGGCAUCGAAUCCGAGGUAACAGCUGGUCGGAUUAACUAG